ACAAAAAUUCGGGGUAAUAAUCGGGUUAAUUAUAGAGGUCCAAGGUCCCGUAUCUGUGACUGAAUAUUGUGAGGUCAGCGUUUUGUACCUGUACCAACAGUUAAUCUGUGGUCUCAGUGACAUUAGAAUAGAAAGUAAAACUACUGGUCUGUGGUAGAAACUGACAAGUGACACGUCUCGCAAUAUGAGAUGUACCACAAAACAUAAAUAACCUAGCGGCGACUGUCGAGGCCCCGGCGAUGGGCUCCCGGCGCGAGAGCCUGGUGGUGGGCGCGCUGUGCGUGGCGUGGUACGCGCUGAGCUCGGCCAGCAACGUGGUGGGCAAGCUGGUGCUGACGGAGCUGCCGCUGCCCGUGACGGUGGCGGCGGCGCAGCUGGCGGCCACGGCGGCGCUGAGCGUGCCCGCGCUGGCGGUUUUCGGCGUGCGGCGCGCGCCCGCCUUCCCGCGCGCCGCCUACCUGCGCGUGUUGCUGCCUCUGGCGGCCGCCAAGUUCCUCACCACCGUGUUCACGCAGGUGUCCAUCUGGAAGGUGCCCGUGUCCUACGCGCAUACCGUGAAGGCCACGACGCCGCUGUGGACGGCGCUGCUGGCGCGCGUGCUGCUGGGCGAGCGCGUGGCGCGCGGCGUGGCGGGCGCGCUGCUGCUCAUCGCGCUGGGCGUGGGCGUGGCGUCGCUGACGGAGCUGCACUUCGACGCGCUGGGCCUGGGCGCCGCGCUGGCCGCCGCCGCGCUGCUCAGCCUGCAGCAGCUGGGCGCCAAGCGCGCGCUGCGGGACGCGCGCCUGCACCCGCUGCGCCUGCUGCAGCUGCUGAGCGCGCUGGCGCUGCUGCCGCUGCUGCCGCUGUGGCUGGCCGAGGCGGGCGGGCUGGCGCGCGCCGCCUGGUCGCGCCGCGCCGCCGCGCUGCUGGCCGCCGACGGCGCGCUGGCGUGGCUGCAGGCCGUGGCCGCCUUCAGCGUGCUGUCGCGCGUGUCGGCGCUGGGCUACGCCGUGGCGUCGGCGGCCAAGCGCGCGGCCGUGGUGGCGGCGUCGCUGCUGCUGCUGCGCAACCCCGCGCCGCCGCUCAACCUGGCGGGCAUGGCGCUGGCGCUGCUGGGCGUGCUGGCCUACAACCGCGCGCGCGCCCGCGCCCGCGCCCCGCUGCUGCCCGUGUGACCCGCCGCGUGCGCACGCGGUGCGACUGUGCUGCGGCCGCUCCACGAGUCUGGUGUUUGCAAAUCAACAAUCAUGACGUGGUUGAAGUGUGCGUGUAAAUUAAAGAAUCCAAUGAGACUUAUUUAAUAAAUGUGGUAUAGCCAUCGAUCACUAAUAAAAAGUAGAUACACAGUCGCAUACAAAAGUUCACUUAAAACUGUCCUCGCUCAUGUUCACGUAGUUAUAGUUAAUAUAAACAUACAUGAAUGCAAAUACAACCUUAAAUGCUUCAGUUAAAGUUACAUUUACAAAAAGAAAGCAAUAAAAUUUCAAGACUGAAGAUGGCUAGUAUCGCUAAUUAUUAAAUGUUCACCUUUACAUCCACAGAUUAAGGUUGCUUAUAGGUACAAAUCUUUUAAAAAAGCAAUAAAAUUUGACCGAGGCUCGCCAGUAGGACAUGGAAAUCAUGGAGUCGAAUAUUUUUCUUAAAUUAUAAAAAUGAUCGAGUUACACGUUUGCUUUUCACUUUGAUUGUGAGAAAGUUUGUUAAAGGCUUAACAACAAACUAACAUAAUGGCAUGCUCUUGACUAGCAAUAUCAUUCAUCUACGUUGCCAAGACCCAUACCAAUUAAACCUUCGUAACGUUUGCCAUGUUAUAUUUUUAAGUUGUAGUAUUAACAUUUCGUUCACAAUAAGAGCACCACCUAUUAUCUCUUUCUUUCCAUUUUCUGACUUUUCUUUUAGUCUGUCAAAUUGAAAAGGCAGGCUUGGCAUCCACACUUGUGUAUUUGGAUGUGGUAGGCAAGUGUCACACAUUUGUCUGAUGUAUUUAUAUACAGCCGGUAAAUAAAAAUGUAACGUAGUAGAACAUUUUUUACUUACUUACUUUGCAAACGGUAAUAUUUUAAAUAACACUUCCACGUGCUUUGAUAAAUCGUGUAGUAAAGAUUGGUCAAUGGUUUGGCGUUUACUCAAUAUUGACAGAGCAUCUUUAAUUGAAUCAUCUGAAUUAACAAGCAAUAUAAGAAAAGUUGUCAUUAUGUAGCAAAAUUUAUAAAUAAUAACGUUUCUUGCAACAUGCUGCUCUAGUACACAUUGUAUGUAUGUUGAUCAAAUGCUAUACUUAUGAUAAUAAUAUAUGUUUACGAAAUCAUAAUAAUUAGGCCCUCGAAAUUAUAUUUAGUUCAUUGAUCAGUAUAAGUAUAUAAGUAUUCUUUAAAAUAAUUGUUUUAUAAAUAUAUUGUUGUUCAUUGAUGAUUUUGAUAUUAAUGAUUACUACAAAUAAAAUCAUAUUCAUCAAUAUAUAAUCAUUUCACGGAUCAAUAUGUAUAUAUUAUCAAUAGCUUAACCAAUCUUAGAAUACUUAUUAUCGCAGAAAAUCCAUAAGUUCGCGUAGGAAUUUAAAAAAAUCUAAGCAGACAAAGUCGCGGGAAUUAUCUUUUAGUAAAUAAUUACGAAAUAUAAAAAAAAAAAUUAUUAAAAAAAGUUAUAAUAUUUAUUUUUAGAGAACAAAAAAAAAUUACUAUUAUAGAACGGAGUUAAAAAAUGUGUAACCCGAACAUAUCAAGUAGGAAUGCAAUAGCAUGAUUAAUACGUUUCUUAAAUGUUGUAUAUGCGUUAUACUCUUGCUGUUUAGUAUGAAAUAAACAAAAGCUAUUUAAGCUGAUAUCUUGACGAAAUUAACAGAAUAUACAAUAUAAUCAUAACAAUCACAUUAAUACUUACCACUUACUAAGUACUAAAUUCCGCCUUUUUUUGGAUCGUAGACGUAUGAUUUUCCAAUUUUUAAACGGACACUCCGGCAUGUUUACUGUCGUAGCGCCCGAAUGCGACUAGUUUGAAAGAGCACUCAAAUGUUCAACAGGGCGCUCAUUUCGUUAGGACGUUUUUUCGACGCUAAUUGUGUAUUUACUUUUUAUUAGUGAUCGAUGGGUAUAGCCAUAGUUAAGCAGUAUUUUUGUUGCACUUCAACUAAGACGGUUGGUGGAAAGUUGCAGGAAAAUCCUGAACACUCUGGCCUAAACCAACAGGGUCAUUGCCACUGCUUUGGGUUCCAAUACAUCUAGGGUUAUCGGCAAGGAAAACUGAACUUGCAAAAACAUGAAAUUUGGGAAAAUAGAUAACCGCUCCGCUUAAUACCUCUGCUCUGAUGCUUGAACGUUUAAGCUUCUAGGAAAAUCUAAAACACAACCUAAAGCUGCUAAGUUUCUACCAGCAAAGAAACUGCUGCGGUUCCUGACGCCCAACACUUGCCGGCUGAUGCAGACAGCGCGCCACAUCGCAGCUGGUCACUGGACCACUUGAACCUGCCUUUUUAGAUUAGAUUAGAUGUCAGAGAUACUGAAAAAAUACUGCAAAUGCAGUGAAAUAAUUUAAUCUUUCCUUGCCGAUCUAGAUCAACUAUUGAAUCAAUAAAAUGAUCCCUUCUAGUCUGCUGGGUCCAAUAAUUAAACAAUGUCAAGUGGCCUGGAAAUAAUGAAUUGCUCGAUGCUCAAAGGAGUAAUGUUAGAAGUAUUAUAUUGAUAUUUAUUAAAAAAAGUAGAUUUUAUCCUCGACUUCUCGUAGAUUUAGGACAAGUAAUCGUGUUUUGUCGAAUCCUAUGUUAACUGGUCAUGGCAUUGCGGCAGAUUUCAUUUAAAUCUGUUGUAGUUGAUCUGAUGAGUUGAUUACAUACGACAAGAUCGGGGAUAAAAACUUACUGUUUGUUACCUGUUGUAGAAAAAUGUGGUAGACUUAAUUAGCAAAUUUUAUAUUUUUAUUAUAUUUUGUCAAAUAAUA